GAUUGGAUAAAAAAACAUUAAAAGACAUAUAAUGAUGAAUCUGAAAUCCUGGUUGGACAAGCAUCAAGGUUGAAAUAACUCCUGGGUUAUUCUUUUUAGAAAAUAUCAUUGUAUUUGUAGUAUAACCUAACAAGAGUCUUUGUACACAACAUUGUCUGUUUUGUAUAUUUCUAUACAUUGUUGAGUAUGUUGACUUUGAAAUGUAUACUACGUACCUGAAAAGGUGCGUAUGCAUCUGUUUUGUCCUCCCUUUCUCUUUGUGGAAAAUCCCAAUAAACAAACAAGAAUUCAGAAAUCUCAUACCUCCAUAAAAUAUGUAGAGUUCAUGUAAAUGGUUUUGGGGGGAUAUGAUAUAGAAAUUGAAUAAAACCCAUACCACUUAUUCCUGACAGGAAAAGCUAUCUGUCACCAAAAAUCAAAGACCAUAGCAUGUUAAGGACAAAAGAUACAAAACCAGAAGUACUGCUGCAGUACCAAGGUCAGCCAGCAGGAGGCCCAUAUUUGACCUUGAUCUUUGUCUUCCUACGACCUACCAACAUACCAAAUAUCAUCACAAUCCAUUAAGGUGUUCUCAAGUUAUGAUGACUACAAAUGUGAGGAAACAAACACACACACACACACACACACACACACACACACACACACACACAGACAGACAGACACAAAAACAAUACCUCCAUUUUUUCAUGGAGGUAAAAAAAACUAUCAGGUAGCUCAGAAGUUACCACUGCAGGCGAACCACUGUUACAGUAGUGCUGGAGAAAAGUUACAUUCAGGUCAGCCUUCAGCGUGCGCUGGUACGAAUGUUAAGUACCUGUAGGUCAUGACAUCGUCACUCACUCUUCCUCACUGUGUCCAGCAAGAACCAGCAGAACAAAGGCGUCCUGUGUCACAUCGGCAUUCCCCAUGACACUACCGUCACAGAAGCGUGCAUAGACUUCAUUUUGUGCAGGGGUGAUUCAGAGGCGGGUCAGCAGUGGACUAUCUCUAACACUGUUCCGACUUGUGCCUUACAGUUAGCAGACAGACAGGUGAAGAUGGCAGCAACAAGCGAGAUUGCCAUUCCACAGUGUGCAGAAGACAUCGCCCCCUGCUGGGUGCAGCAGGUACUGCAGAAGGACCUCCCGGGCGUCACCAUCACGGACGUCCAGGUCAAGGGGUCCAUCAACCAAGGCGAGGGGUUCACGAGCGACAUCGUCGCUUUUGAUGCCGUGGGGAUCAGGAAUGGUGCGAGUCAGCGAUACAGUCUCAUCGCUAAGCUGUCAGAUUUCGAGCGCCCGCUAACGAUACUUAAACAUUGGUCAAAGGACUUUCAGAUCAAAGUGGAUAUGACUGAAGUCAAGUUUUAUUCCAAAGCGGUCCCUGAGCUCCUCUCUGUGGCAAUCCCAAACACAGAGCUCAAAUCUAAGGCAGGGAAUGAAGAUAACGCAAAUCAUCCUGUUGAGUCCUUCAAGUUCCUCCCAAAAUGCUACUUCGCCGCCACUGAUCCGAGCUCUAUGGUGUCCGUCAGGGUUAUGGAGAAUCUGAAGGCUCAGGGCUUCUCCAUCAAAGCCAACCGCCAGUCACUGAACCAUGAUGAGAUGAUGCUUACAGCCGGGGCCCUGGCGCAGCUGCACGGCCUGUCACAUCGGCUGGAGCUCCGCGAGGGCAUCCCUCUUCCCGAGAAGUACGACUGGAUCAUAUCCCUCUCAGAUGCUCCAGAUGUGAUGAUGGAAUCAGUAACCUACCAGUAUCAGACCGCCGUGAAGGCAUUCGCCGCUGCCUUUCCUGACCAGGCAGAUCUUGUAGCUCGUCUGGAGAAGUUAGAAAUGAAGGUCCUGGAGCUUCUCCUAAACGAGGCCCCGGGGUUAAAGGUGCUGAACCAUUCAGAAUGUUGGAUCAAUAACAUCAUGUUUAAGUACACUGAAGGUGUGCCCACUGAUGUAAAGCUUGUGGAUUGGCAGAGUCCCAGGUACCUGCCGCCGACCCAUGACCUGACCCUCCUGUUCCUUUGUAACACAAGUUGGGACGUCUUCCACAACCACAGGGACGCCAUCCUGGCUCACUAUCACCACAAACUGAUGGAGACCCUGGGUCCAAACGAAUCCUCGGGCUUACAGAGCUACACGCUGGACCAGCUGAAGGCAGACUUCAAAGUCGACUGUGUGCACGGGGUGCUGGCCCGGCUGUUCCGUUUGAUGGUCCUGCCUGCGGAUCCAGAUCUGCUGCAGAUUCUUCAGGAGAUCCAGGAGUGGGGAGUUAUCUAAAUGUACACAUUUCAGUAUGCAUUAACUGCAGACAUGUCACUGUAGCCGACGCCACUAUAGUCCAUCAACAGUCAUGACCAACACUUGUCAAAGAGGGAAGAGCACAUGUUUCAGUUGUUGGACAUAUGUUAACAUUGAUCAUGCAGAUUGCUCAAUUAUCCUUUUCUGUUAUAUCAUGUGACAUAAGCAGGGGAGCAGGGACGUAUCAGACGUUUGAGUUUGCAAGCAACAUGCCAUUUUGAGAGUGGAGUCAUUUUAACUCAUAGAGGUGGAGGACAAAAGUUGUGUUAACAACAUACAAUAUCUAUCUAUUAAUUAAGGUCUAUUAUUAAUGAUCUACUAAUUAUUUCAUAGAAUUGCUCCUACAUGUAUAACCUACAUAUACACACCUGAAAAGCCGAAAAGGUGUUCGAUAGUAUAUAUAACCCAGUGAAAGUUUAUAUGUAGAGAUGUAGAGUUAACGUAAAUGUUUUUUUUUAAUUUGAUAUAAAGAUAUUAAAUAAAACCAAUAGCACUUAUUCUUGACAGGAAAAGCUAUCUGUCACCAAAAAUCAAAGACCAUAGCAUGUUAAGGACAAAAGA